AUGAAAAUGUUAAAAACCACGUUUAAUGAAAUGAAUAUCAGACAAGAGUCCCAGGAUUUGAGAAAAUUAAUUCUUGAGGGAGUGUGCACUAAGAUUUGCCAUAAUAAUAAGGAAAUCUAUCAGCUAUGCUCUUUAUUAUUGUUUUCACCAAAAAAUCAAGAAGAAAUUGAUUUGGCGAUACAAAACCUUAUUGAGAGCUCGUUUGUUUUCAUCGAAGAUGGUGUGUUGAAAUGCUCGCAACUUGGAAAAGCUACAAUGGUCUCUUCAUUGCCUCCGGAUGCGGCAUUAUCGAUAUUUGAUGAUUUGAAUACUGCAACGAGAUCAAUUGCGUUGGACACCGAAUUGCACAUGCUUUAUUUGGUGACUCCGAUAAAUGUGUCGGUGUGGCAAGAAUGCGACUGGCAUCAUCUUUUCGAAAUAUUCAACCGAAUUCCCGCUGAGCAUCGGCGAGUUGCGAAGCUCGUUGGCGUCUCCGAAAAGUUUAUCGUCAAACAAAUCAAUGGGUCACGUGAUAACCACUUUGAGAAGAUGAUACAAAUUCACAAACGAUUCUUUUGCUCGCUGGCCCUUUUGGAUCUUAUCAAUGAGAGCACAAUAUAUGAAGUUUCCGUGAAGUACCGUAUCUCGCGAGGAUGCCUCCAAACAUUUCAAUCGCAGAGCGCCACAUAUGCCGCGAUGAUAGUGGCAUUCUGCGUUCGACUCGGAUGGACCUAUCUGAAAUCAUUGCUCGACGGUUUUGCAUUGAGACUGAUGUUCGGAGUUCGAUCGGAGCUUUCCGAGUUGGUGUCUAUUGAUGGAAUUGAUGGGCAAAGAGCUCGAAUUCUUCACGAAAAAGGUAUCACAUGUCUUUCUCAUCUUUCAACGUGUGAUGAUGCCAAAUUAGGACAAUAUCUUACAUUGGCAGUGCCGUAUUCACGCGAGAAUGCGAAUGAUGGGAAAGGUGAAUGGUUGUCGGGCGAGCCGCGAUUGAAUUUGGAAGAAGCUGUAAAAAUUUUGAAGGAGAGGGCGAAUCGGAUUCUGCUCUCAAAAUUGCGCGAUUUGGGAGUUUCCAUAGAGAUUCGCAAGCCAAUGCUAGUGGAUAUUAAAAAGAAUCAGGAAUCUUGUGAUAGUGGAUUCGGCGAAACUUGUCAAGAUGAUUUAAUAGAUAAUGAAAAAUCGAGUGAAAUGGACCUGACUCAGAGCAUGGAUGAGCUUUCCUUGGUUGAGAAUACUGAACGUCACGAUGAGGAUCUAAUAUUUGAAGAGUUAGAAACGACACUUUCGAAACUUCCAGCACCAUGUAAUAGUUUGAAGUUGCAAAAGCGUCUUUCGGCAAUGUUCACGCCAGUGAAUUCUCCUAGAAAUUUGAAUGAUCAACAAGCUGAAGAUUCGUUCGAUUUACCAAUUCCGGGUUCGAUGGUGUUAAGGAUGCAUUACAACGGGGUACCCUUUGACUCCGAAGCGUGCACUUCUGCUCUUUGCGAAUUACGAAAACACGCUGAGCAAUUGGAAGAAGAAUGCUGGAACUUGGCGCACCAUCGAUUCUGUUUGGAAUCCUCUCAACAAAUUGCUGAUGUUCUUUUCCGAAGAUUGGGUCUGAUUUAUCCCGACUCGAGCGUUUCAAAAGUUAAAAAGCAUUUAUCAACUAGUAAAGCUGUUCUUGAACUAAUUGUCGAUCAACAUCCGAUUGUAGAAAAAAUUUUAAAGUACCGUCAUAUUAAUCACACAAUUACGAGUUGCUUGAUUCCGAUUUUCAAUGCAAUGGAAAGAACUCGUAUCAGAUGCAGUUUUGAAUUGUGUACAGCAACUGGAAGGAUACUUACAGACUCCCCAAAUUUACAGAAUGUGCCUAAAUCUGAAUCUAUUGAUGGAUUACGGGUUAGAAGUUUAUUCGCUGCAUCAUCGGGUUGCAUAUUAAUUGGCGCGGACUACUGUCAAUUGGAAUUACGAGUUCUCGCCCAUAUGAGUAAUGAUACUAAUCUUAUAACUAUGAUAUCAAGCGAUCGUGAUGUCUUUCAACACUUGGCGGAAAAAUGGGAAUUUCAACGGGACGCAGUUAAGCAGCUUUGUUAUGGUUUGAUAUACGGAAUGGGUGUGAAAAGUUUAUCAGAAUUGACGCGUCUUAAAGUUGAACAAGCCGAAAUCCUCUAUAACAACUUUUUCACGAUGUUCCCAAAGGUCCGCAGUUUUAUCAACCAAACUAAAGAGGAAGCAUUCAAAUUAGGAUAUGUGCAAACGGUUUUAGGAAGAAAACGGGUGACUAAUCGAUCAUGUGUUGAUGAAGAAAAAUGCAGAGAAGAGCGUAUUCUGGUGAAUUUCGUAAUUCAAGGAACUGCCAGUGAAAUAUUUAAAAAUGCUGUCGUAGAAAUCGAUUCAAAACUACGAGAUUUAAAUGCACACUUAAUACUUACAAUUCAUGACGAAGUUCUUUUUUGCAUACGAAAUUUUAUAUGUGAUCAUACGGACGAGGUGCCGGGUCCUAUGGAUCCCCCAAUUCAAGGAAGGCGAAAUACAAAAUCUCCGGUAUUUCAUAUUUAUGGUGUCACUGAUACCGGUAAACGAGCGUGCCUUCACGUUCACGGAGUUUUGCCAUACAUCGUAUUGAGAGUUGGAGGAAAAUGCACUAAUGCGAUUCUUAUUGGAAUGCGCAACAAAAUCAAUAAAAUUGUGCAACGAGAAAUCGACGCUGCGAAAGGAUUGUCUUCAACUUUUGUCGCCGACUAUGUUUACAAGUUGGAGGUGUUCUCGAGCAGACCAAUUUAUGGUUAUCAUGAGGAGGAAGAAGAUUUUGUUAAAGUUUUCUUCACAUCCUCGUGGAUUUCGAGCAAAGCAACGGCGGGUUUGGGAAAAGAAAUCCACCAAAACUCGAUAUUUCAACCAUAUGAAGCCCAUAUACCGUUUUAUUUGCAGUUUUACAUUGACAAUUCGAUUUUCGGAAUGGAUAACAUUUAUGUUGAGAAUGUUAAAUUUCGAAUUGCUCUCGAAUCUCCUGAUGACUUGGAAAUUUACAAUGGAUUAAAAAAUGGAGAUAUCAAGAAUAAUAUUGAGGUAUUCUCGCCGUACUGUCGAUCUUCUUAUUGUCUUAUUGAAUGUGAUGUGAUGGCGGAAGACAUAUUAAACAAACAGCUUCAUGCCAACAAUGUUCAUUCUUCGAAUCCUGGACUUGAGCACAUUUGGAGAGAAGAAAAAGAAAGAUGUGAUGCUCAGAAUAUUGAGCUGGUCGAUGUAUUCAAUUCUUAUGAGCCCAGAAAAUGCAAAAUGUUUGCUCAAGAGCGCGAAAUGUUGAAAACGGCAAGAAAUUUGGCGCGAAGGUUGAGAGUUGCACGGAACAUGUCCGAAACAUUGGAUGCGUUAAUGGAAACGCGUAUUGCUGAAAGUCAAUCGCCUUCUCUCGAUGCAACCAUCUGGGAGUCCCCUGAAAAUCAGGAUAGAGUAUUUGAAGCGACAAAUGAACCUAUAGAUGAACAAGAAAUUGAUGAAGUUCAAGAUGACGAUGAAAAGGAAAGUGACGAUGAAUUAGAGAUGACUCAGGUUAUUCGCAAUCCGGAUUCAAUUAGCGACCAGCCAAACGAUAACGAUGAAAAGAAAUCUGGGUUGUGCAUUCUAACAGAAGAAGAUACACUCACGAAUUCACAAUUUGCUGGGAAAACUCAAUUGUUGUCUCAAACGUCUAUAGAUGAGGGUUCACAAUCGGAAGUUCAAGGAGAAUCGGAUAUUUGUGGAUUAUGUGUUGCUAGCCUUGAACUACUAAUUGCAACCAACAAAUCGAUGCCUGACGUUUCGGUUGAUCCGAUUUUAUCUGCGUCUUUAUGCAUUUUUGAGGACGUUUGUCGUAAAUCGACGCCGGAUUUUCAUAAAAUUCUGAGUUCGGAGCCAUCCAAAGACCCAAGAGUCGUAUAUUGUGGAAGCGAGCAGUUUGUUAUUGAAAGGAUUACUGCUGAACUAAUAAGGGCAGACGUUGAUGUUCUAAUUGGAUUUGAUAUUACGAGAUUGUCGUGGGGCUAUUUCAUGAUGAGAGCUAAAUAUCUCGGAUUGAACACAUUAAUUAUACUUAAUCGAUUCAAACCUGACUUUCCCAAUGAUCCGGAAAAAUUGGAAGCGCCAAAGGGACGGUUGUACGUUGCUGUAUGGAAAGCUGUCAGAGCUGAUUUAACUUUACGAAGCUAUGACUUGGGCACCGUUGUCACAAACUUACUUCAUCGGAAAAUUCCAAUUCUCAGCAAUGCUACACUCGUGAAAAAAUACAUGUUGAACAAUGAAAGAUCAGAUUCGGAGAUUGUCACUUAUCUUUUGAAAUUAUCACGAGUCAACAUCUCAAUUUUGACCGAAAUGAAUUGGUUCUUGAAGAAUGCCGAAAUGGCGAGAGUUUACGGAAUUCAAUUCUAUGAGGUAUGGACAAGGGGAUCUCAACUUCGCGUCGAAUCUAUGAUUUUGCGUUUGGCGCGAAAACUCAACUUCGUCGCGCCAUCUGUAACCCAUUCUCAACGAAACAUGAUGAGUGCACCUGAGCAACUUCAAUUGAUUCUCGAACCUCAAUCGAAGGUUUAUUUUGAUCCUGUAAUUGUUCUCGAUUUUCAAUCGCUAUAUCCAUCAAUGGUAAUUGCUCAUAACUACUGUUAUUCCACGAUAUUGGGAAAGUUAUCAAAUCUUCAAAAUCUGUCGGAAGAAGGGACGAAUCGCGAGGAAAUUGUUCUCGGCGCUUUGAAAUAUCUUGCUAAUAAAGAAGACAUUGUUCGAUUGAUUGCUCAUAAAGAAGUUGGGGCGUCUCCAUUGGCGGCUCUUUUCGUGAAGAAGACUGCAAGGGAAGGAGUUCUGCCAAUAAUGCUUCGUGAGAUCCUAUCCGCCCGAAUAAUAGUCAAAAAUGCUAUGAAACGUGUAAAAAGCAAGAAAUUGAAAAGGAUAUUGGAAGCGAGGCAGUUGGCUCUGAAACUAGUUGCAAAUGUUUCGUAUGGAUACACGGCCGCGAAUUGGAGUGGGCGAAUGCCAUGCGCAGAAUUAGCUGAUGCGAUUCUUGGAAAAGGUCGUGAGACUUUGGAGCACGCAAUCGACAUGGUGAAAAACGGAAAUUAUGGCGGUGCGGAAGUGAUUUAUGGUGACACGGAUAGCAUGUUUGUGCUGGUUCGAGGCGCAGAUUUGAAGAGAGCCUUCGAUAUUGGGAAACAAAUCGCCGCCGAUGUGACAAAUGCGAAUCCCGAUCCAGUUGUUUUGAAACUGGAGAAAGUUUACAUGGGAUGUGUGCUUGAAACGAAAAAACGUUACGCCGGAUGGAUGUUUGAGCAUGAGAAUGACGAGGGGAAGCUCGAUGCUAAAGGAAUUGAGACAGUUCGAAGAGACACUUGUCCGAUUGUGGCUGAAGUAUUGGAAAAAUCAUUGAAAUUGAUAUUUUCGAAGCAGUGGAAGGCGUUUUCGAAAUAUUUGAACAAUAUGGCGAUCGAACUUCCAAAUCAAAACUUUCAGAAGUUUAUGUUUUGCAAAGAGUUUCGCGGGGAUUACUCGAAGCGAGCCAUGGUACCGCAGAAGAAAAUUGCAGAGGAUCGCAUCAAAGAAUGCCCGUUUUAUGUGACAUUGAGAGGAGAGCGUGUCCCAUACGUUAUAGUUGAUGGGCCGCCUGGGUCUACAGUAUACUCAUGCGUACGUUCAAUAGAUGAUUUUGCAAAAAUUGAAAGUUUAAAGAUUAAUGUCUAUUAUUAUUUGAACUCUCAUAUUCUGGCUGCGUUGCGGCGGGUCACCGAUUUGCUUCCAACUAAAAUUGUAUUAUUGCCAUUAUUGGCUAACCGAUGUUUCACGCCAAAAUGUAGCCGUCUAGGUCAAAGUCCAUGGUGCACCGAUUGCCAAAACAAUGAAGAAGCUUUGAUUGGAGCCUAUGUUCAAUUGCGCAAAGAGACCAAGUCAAAAUCAUAUAUUCGUGAAAUUUGUGCCGAAUGCCAAUCUUGUGCGCACCAUUUGAGCGAUAUCGAAGUCAGCAAUUGUCGAAAUUUCUCAUGUCUCCUCCGUCAGGCUUGGGCGAUGAUGGGUCGAGCUAAUACGGCGCAUAUCAUAAAUGCACAUAAGUUGAGCAAAUUGAAAUAA